AUGUUUUUUAUCGAAGAGAACGAGGACAAUGAAGCCACGGCUACAGACAGGAACGCGCUAGUUGAGAAGUUCAAGGCAUGUAUCUCUCGCGAUCCGUCGGACACAUUGUUGGAUGAUACCACACGAGAUGUGUUCAACUAUAUGCGCAAUCAAAGCCAAAUUAUGGUGGCGAAAGCCAUACUAGACCCGUGGCUCACCGAUGUGGUAGACUCGGAAGCAUUUGUACAGUAUUUCCGACAAUAUUUGCAAUUAAUUUGUUUCCCAAAAGACCGCGACUAUUUGCGCAAUCCGAAAAAUCGCCCGGUUGCCAAUCUGAUAAAAUUGCAUAUGCUAGUGUGGAAUGUGUCGGAUCGGUUGCAAAGUUUCGCCUUUAAACUCGUCUCAGCUGAGAUUCAUUUUCACCUAAUUACACUUUUGCGAAAACCACANCUUCAUCCUUCCGUAUGCCACAUUGAGCAGAAUGCACGACUGCUAGUUCAUUCCUGUAUUGGUAUUUUACACAAUAUAAUCAACCACAUACCCCAAACUCGUGGAGCUUAUCGGAACGCCGAUGCUGUGCGAGCUUUGACCGCCUUUGUUACCGGUGGGGACCUCAAUGUGUUGCGACUUUCCAAUCAAAAUGGUUCACCUGCGGACAACACUUCAACCAUACACUACUUAUCACUGCGUAUAUCUGCUCUUUUGUUGCUUGCAUUCCUGGUGGAUGAGUGUGAGAAUGAUACUCUUCAUGCCACGGAAGUUCACAUGCUCUAUCUUCUAGCCGCAUUACAAGACGCACUGUAUUUCCCCCCAACUUACUACUCACGAACUUAUGGAUAUCGUGCAAUCGAAUUGCUACAAGGUUUACAGCAUUUGGCCGGACCUGAUCGAAACAAACGCCUGUUAAUUAGAAAUAAUGCAUUAAAAGUAAUUGAGACUUCCCUGAACGAGGCGGUGAAAAUGAAAUACCCGUACACUCCAAUUGAGUUUCCCAAGGAGGCAGUUGAAAGUGCUGUGAGUCCGGAUGCAUUAGCCGUGGCAACGCUGGAAUUUUUGUGGGCUCUGUCCUUCGUUGCAGAGAGUCACCAAAGUUUAGCCCCGGGUUCUGACUUUCGACGCUUAUUUGAGCGAUUCGCCACGGAGCGAGGAUGGUCAAACGAUUGUCAGCUUGUGGCUAAAGGGAUUUUAUGGACUCUCGGCACGUCUGUCGGUGGUCUUACUGGGCAACACCCUCACAGCAUUGAGGAAAUGAUGGCCGAGGAUCGUCGUCAUCCCAGACUGAUUGGUCAUAUCAUGAUCAGCUAUCAGCAUAGCACCAAACCAAUCAUGCUGAAGGUUCGCGACGAGUUGAGAAAAAAGGGAUAUGACGUAUGGAUGGAUGUAGAUUAUAUGCGUGGUUCUUUUGUGGAUGCAAUGGCCGGUGCCAUCGAGAACGCAGCGGCUCUGGUACUCGGUGUUUCGCAGUCUUUCAAAAAUUCUCCGCAUUGUAGACAGGAGGUGCGGUAUGCGUAUAAACUGGGUGUUCCUCUUUAUCCACUCCAACUGGAACCGGAUUUCACAGCAGAUGGUUGGCUCGGUUUGGUCUUGGCCACCAUAAUCUACAUCCCUCUGACCGAUGAUUCCAUGGUUGUAGAUGCCGUGGAUCAGUUGGCCAUUCAGUUGGGUGAUAUCGGUCGAUGUCCACCACCGUUGCCAGACACCGUGGACAUUCCGGAAUUUCUACGAUCCGGCUCAUUGAUGACGUCAUUUUCCAGUUUUUCCGAUCAAUAUCCUUUGUACACGCGCGAAAAUCGUCGGCCAUCUGUUGUGACUGGAAGUACUCGUGCCAGCAUGUUGCGGGAUGUUGAACCGACAGGAUACCUCAGUAAUUGUCUCUUUUUGUCUCCUUAUUGUCUGUCUUAUUGCAUAUGA